UACUAAAAGAAGUAACACUUUAUUUUUGGUUUGGACUUAGGCAUUAAAGGCAUAUAGUUUUAAAAUAUGUAUAACACGAACCCAAAGGAGCCACCUGUAAAGGACUUGGAUAACCAUGAACCUCCAGAGCCCGUCGCAGAGUUGGAUAAUCAAAACCCAUCGGAACCUGUCAAAGAUUCCCCGAUCAAGACUCCCAAAUCUAGCAUGUCCUGCAUAGAAGUACUCUGCAUAACCUUAAUUAUUAUACUCACUCCAUUCUUUUACGUUUACGAUGUGUUCUACGUAAUACCGCAAUUAAUGGGUCCCUUUGGAGUGACUUUUCACGCUAUAAUAGGCACAUGGAUUUCCCACAAUAUCCUUGGGAACCUGUGGGCCUGUUGCCGGAAGACCAGUUCGGUGGAUACUUUGCCUCCGGAACACCGAAAACCUCCUAAGGAGGAAGAGCAUCUAUGGCGCUAUUGCAAGGAAUGCCAAAGGGUAAUGCCACCAAGGUCCUGGCACUGCAAGAUAUGCAAAUGCUGCAUCCUGAAGCGAGAUCACCAUUGCAAUUUUACGGGUAACUGCAUAGGACACAAUAAUCAAAGAUUCUUCCUCUGGUUGACCUUUUACCUGAGCUUUGGCAGCGGCCUGGCCCUCAUCUAUAAUUUUAUUUUUGCCUGGCAACAUGGCUUUGUUUUAGAGAAUAUUUUAAAGUUGUAUGUGAUGGCGUUCCUUGAAGGUUCGAUUGAACCCAACUAUGGAUUCAGAGUGGCCAUAUCUAUGGUUGUCUAUGUGAACAUAUUGUGCGUUUUAUUUCCAGUAAUCAUGUUCAUCUUUGAAGUGCUGAUGAUCCAACGUAAUACUGUGAUGUUUAAUAAAUCAAAUCGGGAAUAUGAUAUGGGAGUCUGGAGGAACUUUGGCCAGGUACUGGGACAAUGUCAGUUUUGGACUUGCCUCUCGCCAGCUAUUAACAGUCCUCUGCCGCACCUUGGCACCCAGUGGAAAUCUAAGAACAGUAAAUGAGUCUUUUCAGUUAAAUGUAACAAAUUCAGUUCGAUAAUAUAAAAUUGUUUCCUUGUGUGCUUUGA